AUGCCGAAAGCCCUCGUCGCUGCGCUCACAGCCCUGCCGACGAUCGCCGCCGCUUCGCGCCCGCUGCUCGUCCAUCGUGGCCUCCCGCCACUGCCGAGCGGCCGCAGCGUCACGCUGGAGUUGGCCAACCUGGAGGAUGCCGGGACGGGAGGCACGGUCUGGUCCUCCUCGCACGCGCUGUGCCGCUGGGUCGCGGCCAACCUGGAUUUGCGCGGCGCCUCAGUCCUGGAGCUGGGCUGCGGCACCGGCGCGUGUGGCAUCUUCGCAGCGGGCCUCGGCGCACGGCUGGCGCUCCUCACCGAUGGCGGGCCGCCGGGCGUGCUCGCUCUUGCUCGGCGGAACAUCGAUCGCAAUCGCGGCCUGUACCCGUCGGCGAGCGUGACCACCGCGUCGUACGCGUUUGGCGAGCCGCUGCCGAGUGGCGACUUCGACUUUGUGCUUGGGAGCGACGUGGCCUACCACGGCGGCAUAGAGCCUCUCGCCUUGACCGUCCGGCGGCUACUGGAAGCGUCCUCGCCGCCGCGGGUCCUCCUCUCCGCGCCCGACAGGAGCGAGAAGAGCGGCGCAUCACUCACCCAGAGGCUCAUCGGCACAGCGCGAGAACUCGGCCUCUGCACCGAAGUGAAGGAGGAGGCCGUGCGGCAGUUUGCGCUGCACGAGAGUCUGGCAGCAGAGGCGGUGCGCACGAGUGUGCUCGAGCUCUCCCUCGAUCGCGCUGUGGACGCCGCGGCCGUCGAAGUCGCCUGCAUGCGAGUGAACGCCAAGCCCUCUCCGGCGAUAUUCUAG